CUUAACCAUAAGAUAAAAGAAGUUGACAACGUCGCAAAGGACUUCUGUGGAGCACUGUGUUUCAUAGAACCCAACUGUAUCAGCUAUAAUAUACUAGUAUCCAAUGAUUCUCCCUCGAUCACCAAAUGCGAGAUGAAUAACGCUACACAUUUUGAACACCCGAGUGAUCUGAUGUCAUUUCCAAACAGCAUCUAUCGUGGAUCCAAGAACGCUUGCAUAAAGAAGCCAUGCCCAAGUAAUGCGAUCUGCCAGGCUGGUUUUUCCAGUGAGGGGUAUAGAUGUGUCUGCGUACCGGGUUACACGGGUGAAGAUUGCGCAGAAGCUCUUUGGUUCGCUACGUCUACGGUCUACGUUCUGAAAAUCCCUGACGUUGAUGAGUGCAGUGUGGGAGAACACAAAUGUGAUUCAAAUGCUGAAUGUAGAAAUAACGUUGGAUCCUACAGCUGCAAAUGUAAAGAGGGAUUUUCAGGAGAUGGCCAAACGUGCUCAGGUGGGUGUUGA